AUGCGCAUAAUGACCGACCAGGCAAGCUGCAUUCCUCGGUCGGGAGGCUUUGUGGAGGACCACUUCAGGGAUGCCGGCUGCUUGCGGCAAGCCAGUCAUUGCUUGCAGGAGGUCUUGACAACGACCGCUGCCGACACCAGCGGAAGCCAGGUGUUGGUCCACGUCUAUGAGCUUGUUGAGUUUGUUCGGAUCAACCAGAUAUUUGCGUCCGAGCUGAUGCCUGUGGGAGGUGCUCUCCAUGCAGGCAUUGAGGUCUACGGUCGCGAGUGGAGUUACGGCGGAGCUCCAGGCCACCGGACCGGAGUCGUUUGCGAGGUGCCACGCACCAACCGAAAGCAUAGGUAUCGUGAAACAGUCUCACUCGGAAGCACGCCAUUGACUGCAUCUGAGGUUGCCCUGGUAAUUGGGGACUUGAUUGAGACUUGGUUGGGCGAGGACUAUCACUGGCUUCACAGAAACUGUUUGGCCUUUGCCAAUGAGUUCUGCAGAAGAUUAGGCGUUGGAAGCAUUCCGGCAUGGAUUGAUCGGCUGCCACGCGGGGUUUGCGCCAUUGAUCUGGGCGUGAGAAGCUUGGCAGAGAGAGUAAGGGAUCUUGCUGAUGGCACCCGUGCAGCAGCCCACGCCCCUGACUGA